AUGCCUUCUUACCUCGUAACGGGUGUGAACCGUGGUAUCGGAUGGGAGUUCCUCCGCCAGAUUUCGGACGACGUCAACAACAUUGUCAUCGGUACUGCUCGCAACAAAACUGCCGUUGAGAAGAAGAUAUCCGAUGAGCUUGGAAGCCGAUCCAACGUGCAUAUCGUGGAGCUCGAAAUGACCAGUUACGACAGCAUUAAGAACUCUGUCAAUGUUGUAUCGGAGAUCACUGGAGGAAAACUCGAUUACAUCAUUGCAAACGCGGGAUACAUCUCGGACUGGUCAGCAUAUGAAACCAUCGGCAAACUAGGAGAUACUCCUCAACAGCUCGAGGAGGAUCUCUUGUACACCUUCAAGGUUAAUGUCAUUGGCAACGUCCACCUUUUCAACAUCUACAUGCCCCUGAUCCUCAAGGGAAAUGCCAAGAAAGUCAUAACCCUCAGCUCUGGGAUGGCCGACAUUGACUUGAUCAACCAGUACCAUGUGGAUGUUGCUGCAGCUUACGCCAUCAGUAAGGGGGCGAUGAACGUUGCAGUCAGCAAGUUUCACGCCCAGUACGCUAAAGACGGGGUUUUGUUCAUGGGUGUCUGUCCUGGACUGGUCGACACAGGUCAUAACGACAACUUGAGCCAGCAUCAGCUGGAGGCUGCUAUACGAUUGGCAGCCAUCUUUGACCAGUAUGCCCCUGGCGCAAAACCAAGAGCUCCAAAGGACUGUAUCCCAGACAUUAUGAAAGUCAUCUACGAGUCCAGCCUUGAGAAUGACCGUGGGGGUGCCUACAUCUCUCACUUGGGCAGCAAGAGAUGGUUGUAG